AUCGUCAUGGAUUUUAAGCACCCAGAUGGUGUCACAGUGCCCGUCAUGUUGCCUCGUCGGAGUUUGCUGGUGAUGACAGGAGAAUCUAGAUACCUUUGGACCCAUGGAAUAACACCAAGAAAAUUUGAUACUGUUCAAGCAUCCAAGGGUCACAAAAGUGGAAUUAUCACUGGUGAUGUUGGAGACUUAACUUUAAGCAAGAGGGGAAUACGGACAUCGUUUACAUUUAGGAAAGUGAGGCAAACACCUUGUGACUGCAGUUACCCUUUGGUCUGUGACAGCCAAAUGAAGGAACCUCCUCCAUCAUUUCCAGAGAGUGAUAAAGAAGCUUCGCAGUUGGAGCAAAAAUAUGUCCAUCAAGUGUAUGAAGAGAUCGCUGGGCACUUCAGCAGCACGAGACAUACUCCUUGGCCACACAUUGUGGAGUUUUUGAAAGCCUUGCCAAGUGGUUCCUUAGUGGCCGAUGUUGGAUGUGGAAAUGGAAAGUACCUUGGCAUAAAUAAGGAGUUAUAUAUGGUUGGCUGUGAUCGUAGCCAAAACCUUGUGGACAUUUGUAGAGAGAGGCAGUUUCAGGCCUUUGUCUGUGAUGCAUUGGCAGUGCCAGUCCGCAGUGGGUCUUGUGAUGCCUGCAUCUCCAUUGCUGUUAUUCACCAUUUUGCGACAGCAGAGCGCAGAAUGGCAGCUCUUGAAGAACUUGCCCGACUCUUGAGGCCUGGUGGGAAGGCACUCAUUUAUGUGUGGGCGAUGGAACAAGAGUAUAAGAAGAAGAAGUCCAAGUAUCUCAGAGAAAACAGAACUAGUCAAGGAAGGCAAGAGAUCAACAGUGAUCCAUCAGCACAGGAGCAGUUUGUAGAGCCAGUGCCUGACACGGGCCAUCAAGAUUCAGCAUGUUCCGUACCCUCCAUUAAUGACUUUCAGAAAGGAAGAUGUAAUUCAAAGGAAGUUGCUAAUUGCAAGCUGCCUAUUCACACUAACAGGACUUCUUUUCAUUCUCAAGACUUACUGGUUCCCUGGCACCUUAAGGGAAAUGCAAGUAAAGAAAAACCUACUGAGCCAUUUGGUCCAGCAGGAACCCAUGACCCAGGCCCUGUGUUUCAUCGUUACUACCAUGUGUUCUGUGAGGGAGAACUGGAAGCUGCCUGCCAGACUUUGAAUAAUGUCAGCAUUCUGCAGAGCUACUAUGACCAGGGGAACUGGUGUGUGAUUCUUCAAAAGGUCUGAUGAUCUCAAUGAACAUAUCAUAGACAGGAAAGAAACACAGCUUUUUUCUUAAAAAGCAGACUAAAUUAGCAGUCUUUUUUGUUGUUGCUGUUGUUAAUCCUCAACCAAAGAUAUUUUUCCUUUGAUUUUUAGGGAGAUUGGAAGAGAGAGGGAAAGACAGAGAGAAA